AUGGCACUGGUUGCUUCACCACCAAGGGGAAUCGUCGUCUUCUCUGGAGGCAGCGCUGCAAACAAUCUCGUUGACGUAUUCGAAGCCGUGCGUCAAAACAGAUCCUGUCCGCUGAGUUACAUCAUUCCCAUCAGUGACAACGGCGGCUCUUCAUCAGAACUGAUCAGGGUCUUUGGUGGCCCGGGAAUCGGAGAUGUUCGAAGUAGACUUGUUCGACUCAUUCCAGACUGUCCGUCAAAUCAAGAAUUAGCUGCCAUCAAAGCCUUUUUCAAUUAUAGGUUGCCACCCGCAGCUGAUGCUGCGCACAACGAGUGGUAUUCCAUUGUCGAAGGAACCUCUCCGCUAUGGAAUGCUAUCACUCCUGCAAAGAAGGAGCUCAUCCGCUCAUUUCUGAACCAUCUCAAUCUUGAGAUCCUGAAGCGGGCGCGACCACCAUCUUCAACCUUUGAUUUCACUUCUGCUAGUGUCGGAAAUCUGUUCCUCACUGGAGCCCGCCUUUUCACUGGGAGCUUUGAGAGUGCGAUUUACCUUCUGGGCAGCAUUUGUUCUGUACCACUUGACAGUGCUCGAGUUAUACCAGCUAUUAAUUCCAACUUUUCACAUCACAUAUCUGCCUCACUAGCCGACGGGACUGUGAUAGUUGGUCAAAACAGCAUCUCUCAUCCCAGCGAGACCACCGCUCUCCAGCCCGUUAGACGACGACCAAGCCUUCUCUUAGCCGAUGGAGAGGAUCUAAACUCUGAAUCUGACGACCUCUCCUAUGAAGACAGCCACUUACCUGGCUCGCUUCCAACCCUCCGCAACAAAAAUAUUACUUUCAGCAAAUCCACCGUGGAAGAGCUACCAUGCCGCAUCUCCCGCGUUUGGUAUAUCAAUCCAUACGGCCAGGAGAUCAAACCACCCGCCAAUCCCCGGGUUCUAGAAGCCAUACGCUCUUCUCAAGCUAUAAUAUAUAGCAUCGGCUCCCUCUACACGUCUCUCAUCCCUUCCAUAAUCCUCCGUGGUGUCGGCCAGGCCCUCUCAACCUGCCCAGCCCGCCACAAAAUUCUCAUCCUCAACGGCUCUCUCGACCGUGAAACAGGACCGGCAACUCACCCCUUCGCAGCCUCAGAUUUUGUCGAAGCCCUGGUGCGCGCCGGGGAAGAAUCCCACGGCCGCAGCCGCGGAGUGCAAAGAGUAAACGGCACGGUGGCAAUACCCGAAUCAUGCCAUGGGCCUGUUAAAUCCGCAUCGCAACCCCCUCGCAUCUCCGUCCCGUACACUGCGUAUGUUACGCAUAUCAUCCAUCUGGAGGGACCUGGGACUCCACGUGUGGAUCGCGAGCGUCUGGCAGAGAUGGGAAUCGAGUGUUUGCGGGUAUAUGGACGGAAGGUGGAGGGCCAGUCUGGGGAAGUGUUGGGAAUGAGAUAUGAUUCUACGGCGUUGACACAAGCGCUGGAAAUGGUGCUAGGGAAGAAGGGAGAUGCCAUGGUGGGAAUAAAGAGCAGAAGAAAUACAAUGGAGAGCAUGGCAGGAAGGUAGAAC